CCCCAUGUAGACAGUCACCUAAUUUGCACUUGGCAUAUUCUUUGUUUUUCAUGGUGGUCGGCGCAGAUGGUCAAGCGUCCGCGCAACAUAACGCCGCGGUCGAGACACAUGGUCGGAGAGCGGGUGCAGGAUCAUCACGCUCCGAUGUGUCGAUGCAUAUCGAUGAAGCAGAUGAUCUAGACGUUUCGUACGAUCAUUACCUCUAUAAUGAUGAUCGGAGAAUGCAUGAGUACGUCUACGAUUGUGGACAGUAUGAGUAUACCAUGGCGAGGGAGAUGCAUGAUAUGGAACAACGUCGCCAUCAAUCGAAUGUUGUGGUGCAGUAUGGUGUGGUGGGUAAGGUUCCAAAUGAUCAUGCCUUGAGGGAAGUAUUUGGUAGGUUUGUUACAGACAACCAAGGACUUUGUUGGACUCAUGAUGAGUUGUUAGAUAUGUUGAAGAAGAAGGAGGUGCAACUGGAUGCAGUUAAGAGUGCGUUGGCCAAUAUUGAGGUCAACGCAAAGUCAGUCAUCGAAAAAUUCCUUCAGGAGGAACGAAACGAUGAGGUGAGAGAUUCCUCUGUGCCCGAUACUGUGCAUGUCAAAGAGGAGCCAAAAAUUAACAUGGACAUGGAGAUGCGGAUUCGUUCUCGGAUGAGGUCGAAGAUUCGAUAUGAUUUGAUUGAUGAGAUUGUUAAGUAUAGCACCCAAGUUCAUCCUCACCUGCUGGAAGAGUGUGAUGCUUUGCGUCGGCGACUUGAAAAGGCGGAAUGUGCAGUGAGGAAAUUGUUGUUCUGUCGUGGCCUGACGUGGAAAGAUCCAUCUUCUCGAAAUGCAGUUUUCGAUUUCCGAUCAACUGAAAGUUUGGAGGCUCUUCCGAAAAGCGAUCUGAUUGCGAUGUUACAUUCACUUCGAACUGUUGGUUCUAAGCUGACUCACAGAAAUGCAAUGUUGGAGGUGCAAAAUGCCAUGCAGUUUCUUGUGAGCGACAACCAGAUGAGUGCAACGGUGGUCAAUCUUGGUCAAUUGUAUACGGAGGCACGCGAAGAGUUUAUGGAUGCCGUAUUUAUGGACAAAUUCGGUGACCGGUGGGAUUACCACUCCAGGUUUUAUUGGGCUUAAUGUCACAAUGAGCAGGUGUACCAGCUUAGAAAAUUGCUUGGCGACGUCGUGCUAGCUCAUUCACCAAAACGAUUUAUGGAGGAGUUAAGCAAUGUGAAGAAGGAGUUAAAUGUUUUUGCGAGCAUGAAUAAAGAACAUGAAAAAAG